AUGAACGCACCCCCCGACAUGCUUCGUCAGGGCGUCCCUCACCUCCCAAAUGGUAUACAGAAUGGAAUGCUUAACAUGAAUCCCCAAUAUCUGCCGCAGCAGCCCCCUCAUGGACAACCCGCCCAAAACCAGCCACCACAGAUGACCCUGCUGCAGAACAGUCCUACUCCAAAUCCGUCUAUGGGCAUGCUCGGUGGCGGCCAAUCCGGCUUUCCUGGUGGUCUCCAUCAGCUACAGCUCGCGCAGUCCAAUAACUACAACCGCCAGCAGGUUCUCAUGCAACAGAAUGGCUCUGGCCUCACCAUGCCCCCGAGGAAUCCGGGACCACCCCAUGUGAACGGGAUAGCCCAUAAUCAGCCUCAAGGUAUGGGAUUUCCGAAUGGCGUCAUGCAGCAGCAAGGGAUACGACGCGUAGCCUCGCAUCCAGCGAGCCUCAAUCAGACAGCUGGGCAGAUGGGAGGUAUGCCGCAGGGCAUGCCAAACCUAGGAGCGAUGGGUAUGAAUCCAGCGCAGAACAUGCCGGCACACAUGCGGCCGAUGCCGCAACAACAGCACCCAAUGAACUCCAUGCGACUGCAGCAGCAGCCGCAACAGCAUUCCAUGCAAAGCCAGAUGUCUCCUGACAUGUCGAUGCUGAAUCGUCAAGCGCAUUUGCCCAUGAAUGGAGGUUUGCAGCCUCCACCAAUCAAUCGGACGGCAUCCGCACAGGCACAACUCAUGAACAACCUUGCCCAGCCGCCAAACCUCAACCCAUCGCAUCCAAACGGGAUGCAGCCCCCCAUGCACCAAAAUGCCUUCCAGAAUCCCAUGCCAUUGCCGCACCACCCACAGCCUCCGCAGAUGGGGUCGUCGUCGCAUGUGGGGAGCCACUCACAGACACAUACCCCUAGUUUACCGCCUAACAUGUCGAUGGGGAACGUUCCGCACCCGCAAGCCCCUCCAAACCGGACUCAGCGUACUCCAGAUGGUGCUGUUUUCAUGAAUUUCCCGAACGGUCCCAUGCAACCUAAUCUGCCCCAAGUACCGCGAUUGCCUCCCCACACUCCGCAGUUCUCAUUUGCGACCCCAUCAACAUCGCCCGUACAGACAGGCGACGUGCCUCAAAAUGUUGGAGGGGCGCACAUGAAUCGCCACCUGGUGACGACGCCCGCGCAGGUGGUCGAGAUGACGCAAGGGCACGAAAACCUCAGCACGUCGUUCAGCAUGCAUCCAUCACAGCCCGGCAUGCCCCCGCGCCCGCCCUCGCAACACGCGUCGCACCCGAACUUUCAGAUGCAGCCUCAGCAGCAAGGGCUGCAGCAUCACCAGUCGCCGCGAGUCAACGCGCAGAUGGUGCAGAUGCAGCGGCCUCAGUCGCAGCAGGGCCAGCGGAGACAGGCCACCCCACAGGCGGGCCCGUCGCGCACGCCACGCGUCGCAACGCAAGCUCUGCCUAACAUUACGACCCCGAGGAUGCACAUGGCCGCGCCGGGUCAGCCGGGUUCACAACAACAUCCGUCAGGGCAGUCGCCGCCCCAAGCCCAGCCUCCACAUCCGGUCCCUAAUGUGCAGCAGAGACAACUCCCUGUUCCUCCUGUAAUGGCUACAAUGGCAAAUGGGCCGCCACCGGCGAUGAACCAGCCUGAUGGCGUUCCUCCACCUCCGCCCCCUAUGCAAGCUCAGCCCGCUCUUUCAAUGAGGCAAGGUCCAGCGGCGUCGAUGGCUUUUCACGCUGAAGGUCGGGCGACGCAGAGGCUUCUGCAAUUCAGCGCCAAACUCGCACAAACGGAUAUGAAAGAGAGAACGCACACAUUUUGGACCAAUCUAGUGAAAGAUUUCUUCACACCGACCGCUAUGAUGAAGUUCACCCUGUGGAAAGAUGGGUUACGUCAAGAAGCGAAACCGUUUGAAAUUGGAACGCCGAUUCUUCCUCGAUUUUUUCUUGUGACUACCCACUCGGGAGUGAAGUCGAUGUCGUUGGUUCUGGACAACGCGCGCGAGAUGGCACAAUAUUCUAAUGUGAUUCAAUAUACCGUGGAACUCACCGACGCAUAUUGGAUAUUCCGAUAUGUCAAUGGCUACACCGUCAUCAUGAGGGGUCCCCUAACCGCACAUUUAACGUCGAAUCCCGUCAAUCCAAACCAACCGAUAACGAUGAGCUCAGGGCCAGUGCCCAAAAUCGACAGCUUGUCGUUCGACGCGCUUUCUUUUGAGAAACUGAUCAACGUCGAUACUCUCCUAGAGCCUCGGGUCGAUGCAUCACCGGGUGUUACGUCUAUCAACCUUGGUGGGACUCUUUCGGGAAGGCAUGACGAUGUUGAUAGGAGGUAUGACGAACGAGGAGGCCGUGCAAUUCUGCCCGCAGAGCCGAUCAAUGCAUUCGGAAUCCCUCAAGCCACGAUGCGAUGUCUGGAGUUGGCAGAAAGUGUCACGCAGAUGUCCGAUCUCAUACAAUUCUGCUUUACCAGCAAGCUAGGGCCAAGGGAUGGGCUGACCCAAUGGGCGAAAGUCGCCCGGACGCAGAUGAUAGCUGAGGGUAGGUCGAGCCACCCGAAUGGUGGUAAUGCCUCUGGCGGCGGCGGACUUGGCGGAGGCGGCGCAGGAAAUGCUGGAGGAGGCAGCAUGUUCGACGCCGUGAACGGUGCGGGUCCUGUGCCACCAUAUCCCAACGCCCCCAGCGGCUCUACGCAACCACCAGGACCUCCCCCAUUUCCGCAACUACCAGGGCCUCCUCCGUCUACACCUCAAAAUGCACCCUCACAAGCUGUCGACUCGUCUGCCAAGCAGAACAAGGCACCAGCACCGUCAUCUCAGGCUUCGGGUUCGACGCCAUCUGCGUCGGCCUCAACGCCAGCGGCGGCACCAACACCUGGGGGCCCAAACACGACACCAUCUAUGGCGCAUGCAUCGGUCAAGCGGAAGGGACCCCCACGGACUGAACCCGAGUCGCCGGCGCUCGCCAACAGUACUACCGACCAGGCGCAGUCAUUGAAACGACCAACUCGAAAACGCACGCGGACACAAGGCGGUUAG